AUGUCCCAGACGGAAGGUGCAAAGCAGAGCGGAAAGUCUUUUCGAGGGACGGACGCUUUACCUCUUACAUUGCUGCGGCGCAGUUGCCCGGAGUUUAUCUCUGCCAUUGCAAGCGUAAAGGAGCAUCAAGUGAAAAAGGCUUCCAAUAAGAAUCGCGGCAGUAAUUUAGAGUUUGGGCAGGAACUUGACGCUGCUGUUCCACCGCAGUGCAUACGAAGUGGUACGACUCGGACAAAUACGGAUGAGCCGUUCAACGUGAGAGACGACUCUGCAUCUGCUGCUCCGCAAGCGUCGGAGGGUUUGGCAGAGAGAAUGCAGGAGAAAAACGCGAGCACAAUGGCUCCUAAAAAGCGACGCCGAGAUGGAAUGAUUUCUUUAUCAACCACAGCGGCGCCCUCUUCAUCCCCAACUGCCGCGUCUGCUUCACAUCGGAUAGAUGACAACAACAUCGGUGCCGCCGCCUUUGUGGCUAGUGGGAGUCGCAACAGAAGGGCAUUACCAGAGUCGCCUCGUAGUUUCUUACGGGAGGCAUUGGUGAAUUGCAGCAGGAGAGAGGAAGACGCUAUUCCUGAUGAGCUUGUGGCGAACUUUGAUGGUAUGGCAUUUUUCCAACUCUUGCAACAGUGCAGUGGCGGUGUGUGCGUUUCGCUAGAACGCGCAGAGGAGGCUGUGGAUGGGCAGAAUGGCUCAGAUUACAGCACAUCUCCCCCUUCGCCUAUGACAAAAUCCUCCUCAUCGUUAAACGGCAGUGGGAACUUGCCAAUUGGAAGGCUCUCAAAGCGUGAACUUCAAGCUCAGCUAUCGGCAGCAUUGGCAUGGGCAUCUUCUGCUGUACACGGGGUAGAAGAUGAAAAUGAUGACGGUGGCGAUGACAAUGAUGAUGACGAUGGUGACGAUGCUGGUGUGAUGGUGCGUUUGCCACGCGCGAUUCUUGAGACGGCCUCACAGAUUGAACAUCCCUCGUUGGUAUUUGAGCUUUUGCAUUGCAAAGACUCCAAAGGGAGAAGUAAGGGCGCUGGAGCUUGCUGUGGCAAAAACACCUACACGGAUGACACUGAAGAAGACGAUGACGACGAAAGGGAGGAGGAGGAUGAAGAGGAUCGAUCCUUCCUUGGCGAUCUGGACGAUCUCAAGGAGACAACCGAAAAGGUCAACUCGUUGAGUCUACACACAAUAAACGAGUUGGCAGCCUGGUGGGGCAUACCAGUUGAAGGUGGGAACGGGGAGGUUUACCGCUUGACCAUCACCGAACAUUUUCGUUUACUUGCCUUUACGAUUUGUGCUGUUGUUUCAAAUACGUUGGAGCCUCAGCCUUUGUUUUCGUCUUAUGCAGGCGGUAACUGGCGUCAAGAUGGCAAUAACGCAAGCAUCCAUAGUUCGGGUCAUAAAAAAGCCGCUGCCGAUGCGGCAAACGGUGCAUCGGACGCUGGCGUGAAGGAAAUGACGCCGCGAAGAGAGGAUGACCAAGACGGUCCAAUGCGUGGUCUUCUUUCCCUGCGGCAUGACAUUUGUACACUGAGUGCAGAGCACCUUCGUUAUUUUGCCAAUAUUUUUGGCUUCCCGGACCGAUGCUGCUCUCCGGAAGACAUUUUUGCUGCAAUCUCUGCUGUCGCUGUAGUGACAUUUUUCUCACCGCUUCCGACCCCGUUGCUGGAAAAAGUUUGUCAUGAGCUCUCCAUCUCUACUGUGGAAGAGAACACAGAGUCGGUCGAUGCCCAUCAACUUCCCGAGCUGUUAGCGGAGAAAAUAAGCCACUACUUUUAUUCACCACGUUACUCCGUUCCAUCUGUUUCAAAGCUUUCCUUCAUGCCGCAGAUGCAAAUUCACGAGCACGCUCCUGGGCGCUACACGUGCACCGUGGACAAUGCCAAACUUAUGAAGGUGAUAAUGCUGCAACGAUUGAUAAGUAAUCGUUUUAGCUGCAACAAGAUCCGUUGGCAUGCAUUGUUGACUGUGAUCAAUGACAAACUGAGCUUUUAUGUUUGGCAUCGUAACACUGGCCCUAUUACUGCCCAUAUGAUUGUGCGGACGCAGGACCCCAAGAAGAAGCGGAAGAAUAAUGGAAUCAGUGGAGGUGACAAUAAUAACAAGAGCAAAAACAGUGAUUUCUCCCCGAACCCAGAGUCGUCGCUUAGGGAGAGUUCCGCAUUGUUUCUGGAGCGAGAAGUAGAGGCCGCGCCUGGGGAGUUGAUGGGGUUUGAGAACUUUGUCUCACUGACCGUAGCGUUGCACAGUUCCACCAUGUCACAGUCCGGUUAUCGUCUUUACAACCGUGUAGAGGACAGACUUGUUUUUCAGUAUGCUAUGGAUUUGAUUUGUCCCAACGGUGCACCUCCAGUUGAAGAAAAGAGGAAAAAGUCAAGCAGCAAUCAUCAAAACGGUAAAAGUACUUGUGCAAAUCGGGGAUUGGAGAACAGCAUGGAACAAGGCAGAGUUAAUCAGCAGGCGACAACAGAUUCAGCUGCGACCGCUACUGCGAAUGCGGAGAAUGAGAAGCGCCGCAAGGAAUGGGAAAAGGUCGUUAUCAAACUGGAGAAGAGCGAGUCACAACAACGCGAGGCCGUCGAUCAGGCGUGGAACAGCGGGUAUCGUCAAUUGCUGAGCGAGCAUGGCAAAUCUUACCAGAAGGCUUUGCAAAAAAAGAAGGACCGUGAGCGCAAGAUGCUUCUUGCUAAGGUUGGGCCUAGUCCCGAGCUGCUGCGUGAAUUGGAAACGCUAACCCAAACGGUGUCUGCUACUCGUGCACAAGUGACAAAGUUGGCAAAGGAGAAGUCAAAGGAAGAGGUUGCAACCAAAAAGCUUCAGGAACAGAUUGAGGAGGGCAAACUCGAGGUGGAACAACUACGGCAGCAGCUUAAGAGCAGCAAUGAGCUACUGUCGAGCUUAGAGGCUGAAGCAGCCGCAUGUAUUACACGGUUCAAGGAACGCGGAGAGGCCAAACGCCGAAAACAGCGGGAUUUGGCGGCAGCACUACGCAUUCCGGAGAUGUCUUCAACCCGUCAUGAGACGCUGGCUAUCAAUGAUCUUCAGUCUUUUUGGGCUCCGUCAUCCACGAAUGGCGCAAAUUCGCAGCUGUUGUUGUUAUCGACAUUGUCAGCGACAAGUUCGUCUCCAGCGCGUUCGCCACAGUCAUCAGCGAUUGCAGCACCCGGCGUGAACCCCAACCUCGCCUUCAGUUUUGUUGGUGGUGGUGGUAGUGGUCGUUGUGGAUUGUCAAUUCCAUUGCCACGUGCCUCUGAGGAGAACAGUUGUGGAGUUUUUUCUCCACCCUUGCAGUCUACUGCCGAAGAAGUGAUGGGCGUUGGUAUUUCGACAUGGGCUUCUAUGACAGAUCCAUUGUCGUUCGGUGAGGGCGCAAAAGGCGGAGACACCGCGAACACCUUCGGGACCCCAUCUGCUGCUGUCCUCUUUUCACCACAGCUGCCCCCAUUGCAGCAGCCAGAAGCGGCAACUCACCUUGCCGGCGUAGAUAAUGCGGGUGGAUCGGCAGCAGGACAUAGCAGCAGUUUCACUGUCACCGCUCCGUUUACUAGUGGUGGUGCAGCACCACGUUUCACUCUUGACGCUAAUGCCUGCCCCUUCACCCCAACUACAAUGGUAACAGGAAGAACCUCUUGCAACUCUGCACCCCACACGUCCUUUGGUGUUAAGACUGGUGCCGCGCCGGUUUCACUGCAUUCACCUCUCUCGACGUCACCCACGACAGUCAUUUCAGGAAAUAGCCCUGUUUUUGCAGGAGGGAUGUUCCCGGAGCGGCCACGAUACACUUCUGUUUCGGCACCCGUGUCGGGAGGUGUUGCUAGCAAUGAAGCCUUUAGUACCGACCCGCUUCAGAGCAGCGCGCCUCUUUUUGCUCCACCCGGACUGUCAAGUGCAUCAGGGAAAUUUUUGCAACCGACUAGCAAGGCCCUUUCACUUAACUUUACGACGGCUCCAUGGAAUUAA